ACUGACUGAGCGAGAGGAGGCUGGCUGCUCCUCGCUGCCUUCCACUGAAGCUUUGUGACCAGCUUUUUCCUGCUUCUUGACUAAUUUAUUCAGCCUGGUUCUGGCACGGGGCAGGAAGACGGGGGACGGACGAGAGUCAUGCAACAGUACACCCUCACAGGGAAUGUGGAAAGGUUGUGGCCUCUGGAUGGGCAGUGACCAAACAAGACAGGCAAGAAAAACUUUGUGGGGACUCCUGUUUUUUGUGUGUGACAUUUGAGCCAAGCAUUGUUGGAGGCGCUCUAAGAAAACUACUGACAAGAGGACUGAUGUUUUAGUUUUCGCAGAAACCACAAAGACGUCCGUCCAGGAGAGAGACGAGUAUAUUGUCUUUCUCUGUCUUCGCUCCUUUACAACAUCACGCCUGGAGGUUGUGUCAGAAUUCUCUGGAUUUCAGGUCACAGAUCAAUUGUUUCAUAAAAGUGCGCGGCCCAGAGGCGAAAAGAAGGCUUGUUGGUCAUCCCCACUUCCUUGUAGGGACAUAUUUUUCUUUACCCCCCUCCACCUGCCCUAAAUCAACAUUUUUGCCCUUUUCACCGCUGUCACCUCUGCCUCAACAAGUCAAGAGUGAGUCUGGACUAGAGCUGGCCCAGAUCAGCAGAUAACACCUCGACACUGCACAGGAACUGGUUGGACGGGUUUGGAAGUUGGAGCAGAGGGCAGGGUAGUUUAACCCUGCCUGAAGGAGAACUCACAUUUAUUUCCCUCCCACUUGUCCUUUGGGAGAAAGCAGUCACACACACAGAGAGAGUCAUAGUGACUGGUUAUGCUGAGGGAUACUUUUUAAAGGAGGGCUGUGGGGUGGGGAGAGUCCGUGAGCGAAAGUAAGAGGGAGGGAGAGACCAGAGUGGGAGACAAAGUUUAAUUUAUUGUUUCCUGGGUUAGAGCAGGCUGCACCCUUUUUUUCUCCUGCUUCUCCAGCCUGAACUCUGAACCGCGCAAUGUGUGUGUAAAGUUUUCUCAGGAGCCAUUGAUCAGAGGUCAGGGCGGCAAGCGCAAGGGUGAAAGGCAAGAACAGAGAGAGCGGCUAGAUUAAAGGAGUGCACCGGGAAGAUCGCCGGGUCAAUCCCAACAGACGUCGAGGAGGGAAAGGUCAACGCGGAGACAAGUCUUCAUCCCUUUCAGCUACAACCCUCGCUCUUUGCUCACUUGGCAGACUUUCAAGCAUAUAGUUUAAAGCCGGGGCAGGUCAGUGCAUGAUCCACUUACAGGCCGGCCAGGCUUCGAGAAUAUGGCCAUGGUGAGCGGGGGAUGGGGCAACCCAAACGGGGACACGACGGGACUUGGGGAGAAGGGUUACCUGCGGGGGGAGGAAGAGGAGGGCUCGCCUCAUGCCGGAAGCAGCGACGUGGAUGUCGCGGACGAGGACAAGGCAUGCGUGGUGGAUUGUGUGGUGUGUGGCGACAAGUCUAGCGGGAAGCACUACGGCGUUUUCACGUGUGAGGGCUGCAAGAGCUUCUUCAAAAGGAGCAUCCGACGCAACCUCAACUACUCCUGCAGAUCAAACCGAGAAUGCCAAAUCGACCAACACCAUCGCAACCAGUGCCAGUACUGUCGACUCAAGAAGUGUUUCCGCGUUGGUAUGCGCAAGGAAGCGUUAGCAACACCUAAAACGGAGGUUUCUCAGAUGGUGAUGUACCUCCUGGAAAUCACUGGCUCAGAGUGGCCAAAGCACUCCACUCCUCCCUACGCCAAGACUACCACCAUCAAACAAGCUCGCCAUCCACACAUUCUCCUGCCCGCCACAUCUACCGUGCCACACACACUCCCAGGCCGCGUUCUUACCUCCCUACCCCCCACGUUCUCCCACACCGCACACCCACAAACACACCUGACCGACCUCAUUUCCUGUGUGGCGUGA